ACAAAACCCUGGAAAUCCCCAACCCUAGAGUGAAUUCGUCUCGAUCCCGAACGUUUGCCCUCAAAUCCUUCGAAGCGUCCAUCUCCUUCUCCCAACCCGAUCCAACCUCCAUUAAUGGCGGCCAUCUCCCCUCUCUUCUCGUCCUUUCACUCUGAUUGAACUCUUUUCGACCCUCGCGAUAUCAUGGAACCCGAGAUGAAUUCGCACAAGUGUCUUCCUAGUAAUGCAUCGCUGUACCAGAAUGUGCUGGAGCAUAUGGCUUCAAUCGAUCUGAUUGAGCUUUGCAACGAGGCAAAGAUUGAGCAUUGUCGAGCGACAAGAGAUUUGAGUAGCUGCGGACGCUAUGUGAAGCAUGUAUUGGAAUCAUGCGGGCAUGCUGCUUUAUGUGCUGAAUGCAGCCAGAGAUGUGAUGUGUGUCCAAUUUGUAGGACUGCUUUACCGACUUCGGGAAGUAAAGUGCGGCUUCGCCUUUACUAUAAGUGCAUUGAGGCUGGCCUGAUAUCAAAAAAGCUGGAUGACCGAUUUCAAGAAAAGAAAGACAUUGGUGAGCAUUCAGCUGCCGACAUUGAGCGCUUGUAUUCUCUCUUUGAUGUUGCUCUGGAGAAUAACUUGGUCUCCUUGAUUUGCCAUUAUGUUACGGAUGUGUGCAUGGAUGAAAAUGCAGUAUCAAGUGAUCCUGUUCUUGCUUUUCUUUUGGAUGAAGUGGUUGUGAAGGACUGGUGCAAGAGAAAGUUCAAGAGGAUAAUUCAUGAGCUUAGUAGUAUAUAUGCUUUAGGAAUAGAAGCAAUGAAAGAUAAGAUGAAUUUGCUUCAAAAGUUUGUCUUACAGCUAACUGGUGUUUCUAGUGUUCUUGAGGUUAUGGAUGCAUCAUUUAAGGAAACACUUUCUGCACAACUGCGUGACUUACACCAACUCUUGGAGAGCACAUUGAAGGCCAAGCAGCAUUUGGAGGUCAUGAUCUGGUGCAUUCAACAUCAAUUUCUUGAGGAUGUGCCAUCACGUUUCCCUGAUUCUGCUUCAUGGAAUAGGCUUGUCCGUGAAAGGAAGUCAGCUGCUGUUAAGCGAGCGUGGCCUAACUUCACAAGUACUUCUGUAGCUUCUCUUGGGCCAAAUGAGGCGACCUUAUUUAUUGAGGAAGCAUUGUCUAACCUUGGAAUAGAAGAAAGUUAUAGCCAGGAUAUCGAGGAGGAUUUGGAUAUAUCCUGUUUGCAGCAGGAGCAUUCACCGUUGUUGUUCCUGUCCAAGAUUGAUGAAGGACAUACAAAUAGAAAGGAAGGGUGGUACCCUUUUGGAAAUCUACGAGUUGCUGCUGAUGUACUAUUUCUACAUGGAACAUCAGACAUGGUUCUUGCAAAGCAGGCGAUUUUCUUGUAUUAUCUAUUUGAUCGUCAGUGGACUAGACCUGAUUCAGAAUGGAGAUAUUUAGUUGAUGAUUUUGCAGCUUUCUUUGGCAUUACUAGGCAUGCGCUCCUGGAAUCGUUAACCUUUUAUCUUCUGGAUGACGAUAGUGAUCAGACAUUACAGGAAGCUAGCAUUCUACUCCCACAAAUUGCCGGUCCAGAAACGCAUCCAAAGAUCGCACAGGUUUUAUUGGAGCGUCAGCGUCCUGACAUAGCACUUUCUGUUUUACGGUGCACUGGUCAUGAUGGAACCUGUGGUGUUGCAAAUUCCGAGUCUAUCUCACUUAAUCAAGCAAUGACAGCAGUCCGUGUUAAGAUUGAAUGUGGACUUUUGACAGAAGCCUUCAUGUAUCAGAGGAUGCAUUGUUCUAGAGUGAAAGAGGAUAACAUUAAGCAGGCUCCUCCUGGUGUUUUUUCUGAAAGUUUGACUCCAAAUUCUUGGAAUCACCAUGUCGAAGUCUUGGUAUCUGAGAUUUGCUAUCUCUGUAGUCGCAGGAACCUGGUGGACAGAAUUAUUGAAUUGCCAUGGAAUUCUAAUGAAGAGAAGUAUCUCCAUAGUUGUCUUUUUGAAUAUGCUCGUCAAGAUCCCGCAAGUGUGCAUGGUAGCCUCCUUGUAGUGUUCUAUCUUCAGCGAUAUCGAUACAUUGAAGCAUAUCAAGUAGAUCGUGAACUUCAGAAAUUGGAGCAUAAUGUUACAGUGAGUGCCAGUGAAGAAGUUGCUUCUCGGAUAAGAUCGAUAAGCCAUUGGAGAGCGGCUAUGAUUGAUAAAUCUGUCAACUUGCUGCCUGAGGUAGAGCGGAAAAAGGUUACAGCAACAAAUGUUUUUGACAGUGCUAUCUUUGGUUCACAUGCUGUUCAAACACCACUUGCUAAAGAUUUUGCUGCUGAAUCUGAAAACCCUGCUGCUAUAUCAAACUCAUCUAUGAAACCCUCAGUCCUUUUGACAAAUCUGGAGUCCAGAAAAGCUUCACCAAAUGCGCACACCAGUCUAAGUAGCCCCAGAGGUGGUCAUCCUUUUGAAUUUGGUAAUAAAGGCACAUCUAUUAUCCAGCGAAGGCUUCUAAAUGCUUCAGAAAGGCCAAGUUCCUACCGGAUCAAUACACUAGGUGGUGGAAUGUCUUCCUCUCAUACAAGCAAUGGAGAAUAUUCGCCCUCAAAUGGGAACAUUGUCAAACAUCUAAUACAGCAGAAUAAUGUUAAGCAAGGAUAUCAGUCAGUUGGCCUCUUGAUUCCUGCAAGUAAUCCCAUCAAUCUCCAGAGUACUCCCCAGAGGGAGGCAAAGGCAACUGCAUCUGGACUGCUGCAUAAUGAUUGGCAACUUCACAGUUUACAGAGCUCAUUUGGGUUUGAGCCAAAUGAUAUUGCUAUUCAGGCAGAAAGUUCCCAUUCACUUUUGCCAAGAGGCAUCCCUGAAGAUUCCAAUAGCUUAAUCAAUACACCACACAAUAACGGUUUCCGCAAAGAUCCAUUUGGUGACCAAAAUUCAUUAAUCUCAGGGAAACGGAAUCUGCUGGAUAGAUCUUUAAGUAACCUGUCAUCAGAAGAAGCAAAUAUGAACACUAGGAGAGGCUCACCGACCAAAGAACUAAACAUGAAAGGCAUGCCAAGGUGGAGGACAGAUGAAUCCAGUGAGGAUGAAGAGGACAAUGCUCUCCGAAAACACAGGGCUGGCAACACUCCCUUUGUAAUGCCAAGACGAGCUAAACAUCCUUGGAGAUGACAUCUGUUUGGUGCAUCUGCAUAAGUGACUUACCAAUUGUCAAAAUAUUAAAAUUAUUGAGCAGUGAUGUUUUUAUAGAGGCCAUUGCCAUCUCAGUUUUGUGAGUUGAAUCUUUUGGCCUGUCUUGAUGAGAGUCAUAUAUAGGCCUGACUGCAAUGAGGUGUAUUAAUUUCAUCAUAAAAAUUGUCUUCUUAUAUCACAGAAUGCUGUUUGCUUUUCUUCA